AACAGUUCGAAGAGGUAGACUAGUUUUUUGAGAGUCGGCAUUUAUUUUUCUUUCUUUCUUUUUUGUAAAUCUGUACGGUUAUAUAAUGAUUUGCAGGAAGCCACCUUUAGUCUUAAUCGGUACUUGAUUAACAAAGUCUGGAACACACAUUGCAAAGACUUGACAAGCAAGCUUAUCCAGGGAACAAUCCAACUACGAUCGACUGUCACACGAGUGGUUAUGGAGAAACCAUGCAUAUUAGCUACCACGCUCGGAGCGCCCGGAGGCAUUUACAAGUGUUUUUCUCCUUGUAUCGAGAAACACUUCAUUAUAAUCCCAUAUGAGUGCUUUGUACAGAGGAAAGUAGACUUCGCUGACAAAAUCCAGGCAUUGUUUGUGUGGGGUGACGUUAUUAAAGUUGACCAAAACCUGUUAAAAUCUUUGCCUAACCUCAAAGCGGUUGUUAAUGGUGGGGUGGGAGUAGACCACCUGGAUAUUCCUCUGAUCAAUAGCUUUGGAGUCAAAGUUUCCAACACUCCUCAUGUGGUGGAUAAUGCCACUGCGGAUAUUGGCAUGAGUUUGAUGUUGGCAUCUGCAAGGAAGAUAGUUGAAGGAUACAAUUUUUCCAAGUUCCGGGAGUCUGAUGAUUUUCCCGAGUCCUCUCUAGGCACUGAUGUUAGCGGGGCCACCCUGGGCAUCAUCGGCAUGGGUAGAAUAGGAUACAAAAUAGCCAAGAGAGCUCAAGGGUUUGAGAUGAAAAUCCUUUACCACAAUAGGAAUCGAAGGCCUGAGAGUGAUGAGAGAGCUGUUGGGGCCACAUAUUGUGCAAGCAUGAAGGAGCUGUUACAGAGGUCAGACUUCGUCAUGGUGGUGGUCAAUCUGACCCCUCAUACGCACAAACUGAUUGGUGCCAAAGAGUUUGCCAUGAUGAAACCCAAUUGCACCUUUAUCAACGUUAGCAGAGGCUUGGUAGUGGACCAAAAUGCUUUAGUAGAUGCUCUUCAGAAGAAAAUGAUACGAGCUGCUGCCUUAGAUGUUACGUAUCCUGAACCACUUCCCAGGGAUCAUCCCCUGCUGUCCUUCCCAAAUGUCAUCGUCCUGCCCCAUUUAGGAACCCACACCGUGGAGACCUCACAGAUCAUUGUGGAGAGGAUGGUGACCAAUGCCUUGGCCGCUGUAACUGGAGGCCAGCUUCCUGAUGAAGUUAAGGCAUAGAGCCAGAGCACAGAGCCAUCUGUUCCUCUUUGGUUUUUAACCAGAAAAACAUAGACAAAACUAAACCAUUAUAUUUUGUUUCGCGAU